AUAAAAAGUUCGUAUCGGCGUUAUGAACAGGUUUAAAAGCCCACUGUUUCUCCAUUUGGUCAUUAUUGUUCAUUUUGGCGUUACCCUGCACCUUACUCCAUGAUGCGUAUCACUUAUUUGACUCUUGGGCUAUUUUGCCUAGCCGGGUGCAUGUUUUCUAAUGCUCUUCCUGAAAUGAAAAAAUCCAAUACCGUUGAAACUGACUGGAAAAGUUUGAGAGAAGUAGAUGAUAAUGAAACUGAUCAUAUCGUUGGUGGGACCGCAGCUGCCGCAGGAGAAAUUCCUUACCAGGCUGCUUUACUUCUCGGAAAUAGCUUAUGUGGUGGAACCUUGAUUGCUCCCUCCAUUAUUUUGACAGCAGCUCAUUGCUUAGCCGGAAAAACUCAGGCAUCUGUGAGCUCAUUUACCGUAAGAGUUAAUACACUUGCAUUGAACGGCGCUACCGCUGGUUCAGUUAGUAGAGGAGUAUCGAAGUUCGUAAUUCAUCCUUCGUACACCUCUAGCACUAACGAUAACGAUCUUGCCCUAAUGAAAUUAGUCUCCCCUAUUACAAAUGUCAAGCUCGCUACCCUUCCAGCUGCUACAACAUCUUGCUCCCCAGCCAGCACUUACGCAGGUCAAUCGGCCCUUAUUUCCGGAUGGGGAACUACAUCUUCAGGGGGUAGCAUUUCUCAAACGCUGCUCAAGGCAAACGUUCAAGUUUUAGAUAAUACGGCCUGCAAGUUGCAAUACAGCACACUUACCAAUAACAUGAUCUGCGCUGCUGCUCCGGGUAAAGACACCUGUCAGGGUGACAGUGGUGGUCCAAUGAUGGUUGGAGGUGUUCAAGUUGGCAUAACCUCAUUCGGAAAUGGUUGUGCUCUGCCAAAUUUCGCCGGUGUGUACACCCGAGUAACCCAAUAUCUUGGCUGGAUUUCUUCCACCUCUGCCUCAAUGUAAAAAGGUUUUACAUGAGAUCAUCAGAAUUCCGAAAUAUGGAGCUGAACUGAAACUACCAAUUCUAUCUUUAAUACAACUUCCGCCUUUCAAUAUUAUAUUCUAUAAUUGACUAAUGCAUACUUUACGAAAUAGAUCAGCAAUAUUAACGCA